AAUAAUACCACGAAGAAGACGAAGCGGAAAUUACGGCAGCUCCUUUUCCUGACGAAGCUAGAUAAACAAACAAAAGCAAGAUAUUAUAUUACAUUUAUUUCGUAGUCUGAGAUAUGUAUUGACGUUAUUUUAUUUAAAGCAUGUAUAUCGGGGACAAUUUGUUCCCUUGAAGCCCCAAUAACAGUAAAAAAGAAGGGCUAACAUCAGACUAGCUAAGUUAGCUUGCAGGCUAAAAUAGCUAAGUGUUUAGCUCGACAUGUUUAUUUUAGUGCUGGGCGAAGGAGCGCGACAUGAUGGCAUGAAACUGUCGCAGUGAUAGCAAGUGGCUGCACUUCUUUCACUAAAGGUUGGUGGGAAACAGGUGAAACUUGGCUCCAGUUUUAACCGGGAAGGCACUCCGUAAGAUCGUCAUCAUGGCUUGGGCUCUAAAGUUGCCUCUCACGGAUGAAGUGAUUGAGUCCGGACUGGUCCAGGACUUUGAUGCCAGUCUGUCGGGCAUUGGUCAGGAGCUUGGUGCUGGGGCAUACAGCAUGAGCGAUGUACUCGCCCUCCCCAUCUUCAAGCAGGAGGAGUCCAACCUGCCUCCAGACACCGACAACAAGAUCCUUCCCUUCCAGUAUGUUCUGUGUGCAGCUACCUCGCCAGCCGUUAAACUGCAUGAUGAAACACUCACCUACCUCAACCAAGGGCAGUCCUAUGAAAUUAUAAUGCUUGACAAUCGGAAAAUUGGGGAACUUCCGGAAAUCACUGGUAAAAUGGUAAAGAGCAUUAUCCGCGUGGUGUUUCACGACAGACGACUUCAGUACACAGAGCACCAGCAGCUGGAAGGCUGGCGCUGGAACAGGCCUGGUGAUCGUAUCCUGGACCUGGAUAUCCCCAUGUCAGUUGGCAUAAUCGACCCCAGGGCUAACCCUACUCAGCUUAACACUGUGGAGUUCCUUUGGGAACCAUCAAAAAGAACCUCAGUUUUUAUCCAGGUUCACUGCAUCAGCACAGAAUUUACCAUGCGCAAGCACGGAGGGGAAAAGGGUGUUCCUUUUCGCGUUCAGAUCGACACGUUCAAAGAGAACGAGAGUGGAGAGUACACAGAACAUCUCCACUCAGCCUCCUGCCAGGUCAAAGUCUUUAAGCCUAAAGGUGCAGACAGAAAGCAGAAGACAGACAGGGAGAAAAUGGAGAAGAGAGCGCCGCAGGAAAAGGAGAAGUAUCAGCCCUCGUAUGAAACCACAAUCCUUACAGAGUGCUCUCCCUGGCCUGAGAUCACAUAUGUCAACAACUCCCCAUCUCCCGGCUUCAACAGCACACAAAACAGCUUCCCAGUCGCGGAAGGAAACGGAUCACCAAGCCACCAGCCGGAGCCUGUCGUUCAGGUAGCAGACAAUUUGUUACCCACAGCCACACCGCAGGAUGCACAACAGUGGCUUCUUAGAAACCGCUUCUCACCCUUCUGUCGUCUCUUCACGAACUUCUCAGGGGCAGACCUGUUGAAGCUGACCAGGGAGGAUGUCAUUCAGAUCUGUGGUCCAGCUGACGGUAUUAGACUCUUCAACGCUCUGAAGGGACGGGUGGUGCGUCCGAGGCUGACCAUCUACGUAUGCCAGGAGUCUCAGCAGGCACGCGAGCAGCAACCGAAACAUGAAAACGGAGACGCUGCCGCCAACACUUUUUUUGUAUAUCACGCCAUUUACCUGGAGGACCUCACAGCUGCUGAGCUGACAGAAAAGAUCGCUCAGCUCUUCAACAUCUCACCCAGACAGAUUAACCAGAUCUUUAAACAGGGCCCCACCGGCAUCCAUGUACUCGUUAGUGAUGAGAUGAUUCAAAACUUCCAAGAUGAAGUAUGUUUUGUUUUGGACACAAUGAAAGAUGAGACAAAUGACGGCUACCACAUCAUCUUGAAGUGAAUACUGGGCAGGACAAUAGCGUAGCCUUGUUCUCCUUAGACCCGAUCCAGUCAGCCCCUCUAGAGCUUCAUACUCCCUGCUGUUCCUGGAAUAUGUGGAGAUGCCCCCAAGACACCUCUCGAGGCUGCUAGAAGGAACACGCGACUGAAGCACCUGGCCUCUCCUCUGGCCUCUCCUCACUUACUGUCUUACUUUUUUUGAGGGAGUGACCCUGUUACCACAGCGACGUAACACAUUCUCCUUCUCGCCCCCCCGCCAUCGUCUCCCUUAAAACGGUUGCAUUUUCCCUCUUGUCACUUAUGUCUCAUGAAAGAGGUUAGUGGCACUUACAGCUGCUAUCGCUGUUAGCUUGCUGAGCAUCUGGUGUGCCAAAGCUCUGUGCUUCAGAAUCGAGUUUGUUGUCUCUUUUAUGAAAACAAUAACCAAAAAGGGAAAAAAAAAGAAGUCAAAGCGACAAAAGAGAGACAGUUAAACUGACAAGAAUUUGGCCUUACUGGGAUUCACGUAAGCCGGACUGCAAGAAACACGAUAUAGCUCAUACAAUCACACCGUUAUACGAAAGCACCACAAGAGGCAUCAACAAUCAGGACGUUAAGCGAAGCUGUUAUGAAUCCAGCUGUCCUGUGAUUCCUUCGGAAGGCUAACUGUGUCUUUUCAGACUCCCAAACACUGUUAGGAUCUUGUAGUUAGUGUAGUAUUGGCACUCAUGGUUGUUACAUAUGAAUCUUGAAUGACGAUGAAACACUGUCUAUGUUAGCGAUCGCAACGGCAACACCAGCAAAUCGUCUCCGGUCCUUGUCCUUCCUAUUCCUAUCAGCUUAUUUAGCACAUCAGCAUUUCAUUAAGUUUUUUUGUUUUGUUUGUUUUGUUUUUUUUUUUGGCAUUUUCCAACUUUUUUUUAUGUAGAUCGUUGUUCUAAAUGUUUUUUUUUUCAAUGAAUCAUGCAUUAUGUUGGCAGAUUUUAUAAUCUUUUUAACAUACUUAUGUUUCUCCGUCAUUGUUUUUUUGGAUAAUACCACUUCCAGAUACUACUACAUGUAAUGAGUUGUUGGGCACACCAGAGCUGCAUGUGAAAAGAUAUGGUUAGUUUAUGUUCAAUCCAUUGUACUGCUUACAUGAAAUCGAUAGCUUGACAUUUUAGAUAUCUUUGCCCCAUCUCAUCAGCCUUAUUAAAAUACUUACCCAUGUAACGGCCGCCAUCUGUUGUCUCUGUCCUGGUAAUAUUUGCAAAAAUAAAAUAAAAAAAUGUGGUUUUUAAA